GCGAACUCGGUGUAACAGAAAACGGAAAGCAUAGCGGAGAUACCGGAUCUCACAUAAGACAGGAUGAUGGCGGGACCAGCAACUUCGUUAGCUUGAAGCUUGAAGGCCAGUGAGGACGAAAAUACCGGCGCCGACGACGGCCCCACUUCCGAACCAGAUGAGAUCCCACCAUGUGAGGUUUAUCUUCGUCUCAUGGUUGCUCCUGGCCUUGAUCUCAUGGAGCUCAGCGCGCGGUCUCCAGAGAUGGGGUCAGGAGCCGGUCCAUGAACCGGUGUGGAGUUUCGCUAAGUGCUUCGAUAUAAUUCCCCAUGCUCCUGAAGGACUCCUCUGGAAGAAAAUCAUGUUUCAGGCUUCGAUUUAUCCCACUUUCACCUCCUGCUCCACCGCCUACUUCCAUCCUAAAUUUUUCGCACACAGAAUGGCAAAAUUAGUAUCCUCAGCUGUGCUUUUCUUUGCAUAUCUCGGUUUUGAUUCUGUCUCAACAAUGGCUGAAGAGACUAAAAACCCUGCGCGAGAUAUUCCUAUUGGUCUUGUUGGCUCAAUGACGAUUACCACCGCUGCAUACUGUCUGCUUGCUAUAACAUUAUGCCUUAUGCAACCAUAUCAGCAGAUUGAUAAGGAUGCCCCAUUUUCUGCGGCAUUCCAAGCUGUAGGGAUGAAUUGGGCCAAGUAUAUCGUUGCUGCCGGCGCAUUGAAGGGCAUGACCACUAUUUUGCUUGUCGGUGCCGUCGGUCAAGCCAGAUAUCUCACCCAUAUUGCUCGUACCCACAUGGCAAACUUGUUCAUAGCAAUGGAAGCUGAUGGCAACCAAGGAACCAAAUGGUUAAACCUCAUUUGCGUAUUCCAAAACUCGAGCUAUCCAAUAUUUCAAAAUUUGAACAAGAAAAUUUCUACUUUAAAUUCUCGAUUCAAAUCAAUUGACACAUACAGACUGUUAUUUUCUUUAUUCCAACCAAACAGAUGAGUGAAAAUGGAGAACAGUUAUCUCGUAUUCAGUUAAAACGGAGAAGAAACUAGCAGAUCCAUU